GCACACACAGCGAGGUGUAGUGUGUAGAGCCAGAGAACAGAAAGCAGGCUGCUCGUUCGUUUUCGAUUCCGAUAGUUAUUUUGAUUUGAUAAAUUCCAAUGUGUCUCGGCCAUAAUUCUGGCAAAUAGUAUUUGUGAAAUUGACAUUCCGAUGAGUGUUGUAUGAGUGUGAGUUGGGACUUCUGCGAUCGAUACUGAAAUGGACAAAACACAAAACAUUUGCGGUGCAAAUAUUUCUUCGUCUGUACAGAUUGCAGUCGUCGUCUGCUAGCUUCUUUUCAACCAAUCAAUUUUGUAGCCGCUGCACUUGAAAAAUGCAAAAUCAGAGGCCGGUGAUGAUUGCAAUAAUGAUUGAAAAGAGGAGAGACGAUUGAUUAUUGCAUUUGAAAGUCACAACAAAAUGAAUUGUUAGCAAUCAUAGGAAUGUCAACAAUCGACAUCGAGAAAUAUAAUGGAAACGUCUCGUUACGUCAUUGAAUUUCAACUUUAUUGAACUAAAAACUAUCACCUUCAACUUUGGGGAAGAGAGCCGAUCAGCUUGAGGUGAUGAAAGAAGCGACUGGCGGCAUCAGAAUGGAGAUGUACGAGGACAUGUUCAAGGAGAUCACCCGCAAGCUGUAUGGAAACAACGAGGAUGACAAGGAUUCCAACGACGCGGCUGCUGGUGUCCUCAAAAUGGUGUCCGCCCAGUUCACCACUGCAGACGACUCCUCCAAAAAGGAGGAUCACUCCAUCAGCUCCUUCAGUUUAAACUCGUUGAUGGACAGUAGCUACUCGCAGAUGUCUUCGCUACAGUCAUCUCCGUUCAGCAGCAUCGACAAGCUAGAGGACGACCGUUGGAUUAGCAGUGAGGAGACCCUGGAGUGGACCAACUCCAAGAUCGCUAGCUACAACUCUGUUCAAAAACUGUUCCGGUGCAACGAGUGCGAGUGCGUCGGUUACCUGUCACGUGUGGCCGAGCACUGGCUGGGCACGCACGCGAACCUGCGCGUGUUCCAGUGUCCGCAGUGCGCCUACUCGAGCGCCUGGGCGCGAUGUGUGCGCAUGCAUUUGGCGCGCCAACACAACGUCUGUCAGGAGCAGAGUGAGACGGGCGCAGUGCUCUGGAAGGAGAGUCCUGUACUUGAGGAGGUUACCAAGUAUCUUCAGAGGUUGAAGGCGAAGAUCGAGGAUGAACAUGUGAUGGAGGAGGAGGUGGAGGAGGAGGGGGUGGUUGAGGAGGUGGAGGAAAGCUCACAACCACUACUAAUACACGAACAACCAGAAGAAGAACAACUGGAGGAACAACAACAACAACAACAACAGCUAGAUCCGUCACCACCGCCUCCGGAACAACCUCCCUCACAACCGGAAAUACUCGCCAUCCCCUCCCCACCAUCCACAGUGGAGUUCAUAGUCGAAACGAAACCGGCCGAGGUGCAAACAGACAGCCCGAAACGGUACAACUGCGCGUUCUGUCACUACGCCACCGAUCGACGCGACCUCUACACUCGCCACGAGAACAUCCACAAGGAGGAGAAACC